AUGGCGUGCAAAUCGCCAAUCUAUAACGGGGAAGUUGACCCGAUAAUCUGCCAAAGAUGGAUAAGUGACAUCGAAGGAGUGUUUGAACGAACCCACUGUGACGUAGGUGACUUUGUUGCUUACGGAACGGGUCAAUUGAGAAAUCAAGCCAAGGAUUUGUGGGACAAUAAAAAGAAGGAAAUGGGAGCUGAAGUGGCAAGGGUCAUGACUUGGGAUGAGUUUAAAGUACCGUUCCUUAAACACCAUAGUCCCAAAACAGUUAUCAACAGAAUCAAAGAGGAAUGUAUCCAGUUAAGACAGAAGGGAGAAUCCAUUGAUAAGAUUACGGGCAUCUUCAUGGAUAAGCUGAGAUUUUGUGACGAGUUAGUCACCACUGAAGAGCAGAAGAUAUACUAUUAUUACAACAUGUUGAGUGCUGAAUACCGGGAGUUUAUGACUCCCUCAAAAUAUGAAACUCUCACAGAAAUCAUCAACACCGCUCAGAGCGGGAAAUCGAAUUAA